GAUAAUACAGUAUCCAUAUCCUUUAUAUAAUUCCACACCCACUCACCCACCCCACUUCUCUCUCUUUCUUCCACUGAACACUGAACCAACCAUACUAGCUAGAUCUCUCAAUUCAGCAACAACAAUGGAAGCUCUCCUUUCUCAAUUCACCUUCCUCUCAGACCAAUCAUUAGACGACAAGACCUUCGAUCCAUCAACGAUCGAAGAUCUAAUGAAACUAUUCGAGAUCGAAUCAUACAAAGCAUGGGCAGCUGCAGAACUUGAGCAAGAGACAGAAGUUGAAGAAGCUGAAGAUGCAAUGCAAGAAGCCGAGGAACAACUCGAGUCCGCGAUGGAAAGAGCCAUGGAUGAAUUCAGAAGGUUUGAAGAAGAGUUAGAGAGGAUUUCAAGAGAUGAAGUGGAUAGUUUAGUUGAAACUGCUGAGAAAGCAAGAAAAAUGGGAAACUUAAUGGAAAAAAGUGCUUCUGUUGCUUCUAAGAAGUAUAUUGAAGCUGCUUUGAAUUCAGCUACUGCUUCUAUGAAAUCUGCUUGGAAAGGAAUCUCUUCUGGCAAGGUUCAUCCAUCUUGAUAGUUGAUGUAUAUGUAUCCACAAUCUAAUCUAUAUAUAUAUAUAUGUAACUUAAUUCUAUUCUAUAUAUCUAUUUAUCUUUACUAUAUAUUGAAAAAUAAAAAUAUUUCUUUAGUAGUUGAUAACUAUGAAUUCAUUUUCUUCCAUUUUGUUUUGAAAAAAGUAGAAAAUUAGAUCACUAAGUAGUGCAUAAUUAUCGAUAAUUAUUGGAUCAAGAUUAGAUGAUUCGAAUUUAUUUAUUUUGGAUUUUUUUUAAAUAAAUAAAUCAAGGUCCGAAUAUUCUGUGAA